GAGGUUAUUUCCUAGCAAACUAACUGGUAGCAUUCACUAUGUUAGAAUGUACAUUGAAAAUCACAUGGAUGUACUUGGAAUAGGCAGAAGGCAACUUCAGCCAUGGAGUACAGUAGGAAGUUCAAUGCCUUAUAUGGAACCAAUCUUUCCAAUUCGUAUAGGUGAUUACACCCGUACACACAACUUACUGCCAUGGAGACCAAAUGCUGGAUUUGAGAAUACAGAAGUUAUUCCCCUGGCUACAAAGUCAAUAUCAAGUUACACACUAGAUACGAAUAAUAAAAUGAGUACACGACCGUUGAAAUUUCCAAAUUUGAUAAUGGGCUAUCAACGUAAUCCUGUUCAUGCAUCGCAAGCCGCCCUUUAUACGAGAUAUACACCACAUGAAUGGUUCCAAAAACAAAUAAAAUAUUACAAUGAAUCAAGCUCACAGAGACAUUAUUCUGAGAGAACGCGAAAUGAUGCUCUGAGAGUUAUCAGAGAUGCUGAGGAGAAGAUACAACAUGGUCAAUAUGAUACCAGUCGAAGACUUGGUGAAAGGAUAAACGACAUUACCUUUUGGCGUAAUGAAGUGGUAUCAGAACUGGAGAGAAUGCUUCAAGAAAUUGAGAGACUUCAAGAUUGUCGAAGUGUCUUAGAAAAGGCAAUACGAGAUAUUGAAGGACCUUUACAUAUCGGAGAGGAGUGUCUUUAUCACAGAGAAGCUAGAAAAAGCACAGAAUUGGUACACGAUGACUCGGAAAAAUGUUUACUACGAGAAGUGGAGCACUUACGAAUAAAUCAAAAGAAAUUAGAAGCUUGUUUGGAUAAAUGCAAGGAUCAGUUACGAAAUUGCAGAGCUUCGCAGAAUCAAUUGGAACUGGAUUUAAAGAAUAAAGAGAGUGCCUUAGGAAUCGAUACUAUUUGUCAUCAGUUGAAUAAUCACACUCAAGGAUUACAGUAUUAUUCUGGAAUUGAAAAAUAUGACCCAUGUGUUUCGGAACAAGAAACCUGGGCAGAUGCAGUCAAUAGAAUAGUGCAGAGAUCGCAAACAGAACGAAAUAAAUCAUGCCAAUUACGAACCACUGCCGAAAGUCUUAUCAAUAAAGUUGCUCAAGAAAUGUGGAAUACUUGGAGCACCACCAAUAAUGCUUUAUCUCACAGAUCUUCUGAAUUACUGGAAGCUAAAACUAAACUUCAACAACAUUUACAAAAGGUGCAACAAGAAAUAUUCGAUGUUGAGAAAAAUUUGGAAUUAAUGCGCAAAGCUAUUGCUGACAAAAGUUACGCGACUAAAGUUGCCCAUACAAGAAUGGAAGCGAGAAUGCAUCGUCCUGAUAUGGAAUUAUGUCGCGAUUAUGCCUAUGCAAGUCUGCAGAAAGAGAUUGAUGAAAUAAAUCAUCAACUUGAGAGAAUGCACAAGGCAUUGAAAGAACUCGAGAAUCAACAUCAGAAGUUACUAAGAACUCGAACCAAGUUGGAGCACGAUCUUGCGAUUAAAAUUGACGCGCUAUACAUUGAUAAAGAAAAAGUCUGCGGUCUUAGACGCGCGUAUCCUGUUAACGCAUUGUUUAGAUUUUAAUGGCUUGUUCUCUGUUAGUGCCAUAUUCUGAAUACUGCCAUUUACAUUUAUGAGAAUAUUUCAUCAUUUGGAAUACACUCCUAGAGAAAUUUAGGCUAUGUGAUAUUUCCAAUCCCUCAAAAAUUUGAAAAAAAAAACAUUAAAUAUUUAUUAUUCUGUACAAUUAUAGUAACUAUUUACAAUAAUUACAUUUUACUUUACUGAAUGACUUCUGGCAUAGCUUGGUAUAGGCAGCUUAAAUCCUGGUUUAGCUUCAAAGAAUGUAUAAGACAAAACUAUUUCAUUAACAAAUUCCAUUUUUGGAUCUUCUGCGAAUUCUGGAUCAAUAUAGAAGAACACCGGCAUAUCAACCUUAAAACACAAAAAUAACUUAUAGUACAUUGCUUGAUUUAAUCAUAUAAAUUAUAUAUUUAUGCAAAUGUUCAGAAUUUUUAUUAGACAAAAACUUAAUAUUUAAGAUAAAUGUUAAAACUUCUAGUUAAAUGCACAAAAAAAUAGAUUGUUACAUUAUGUUCCAUGUAUGAUGUUAAUAAACUUACUUGUUCA